GUCAUGCACACCGAAGGUCUGAUCAGUGGGUGUGUGCUGGGGUCCGUGUCUCCCUCUCUCGCCCCUCCUGCGUUCCCCUGGGCCAGUGAAAUUCCAGCUCCCCCUCCUUUCCUUUGAGUUCCCUCUUCUCUUUCUCUCUCUCUCUCACACACACACACACACUCUCAGGUCUCAAGACUCUCUGCUGUGGUUCUGAUACCUGCAUAAGACACACUCAUCUUCUGAAGGAUGGCCAGGACUCAUACUGUCCUGCUCACACUGCUGCCCACCGUCCUCAUUCUAAUUGUUCUGGCCGGGGUUGAAAGUGCAGCCGUUAAAGAUGGAAAAGACAGUGAAGCUCAAACAGGAGCAUCUAAACAAGUUUUCAUGCCAGCAUCUGAUGCCUCAAACUUCUUCAAACGCCGCAGUCGCAGAUCCCCAAGAACCUAUGAAGAGUACUAUGCGGAGCAGAGGGUGAAGAUGAAAUACGAGAACUAUUUAGAGGAGGAGCGCGAUGAACAGUACGAGAGAACCAGAGAGAAGAGUGAGCAGUGGAGAGAAUUCCACUAUGAUGGGCAAUACCCACGAUACCCUCACCACCGCCACUAUGUCUGAGCACAUGCAGUGCCUCGGAAAGUGGAUAACCAUCGUUUGAGGGAUACUUUCAUGACAUAAUAUAAUUAUUCAA